CGUCGCCGCCGCCGCCGCCGCUGCCGCCGCCCGGCCGAUGCGCCCGGAGCCAUGGACAAGAUCCUGGAGGGGUUGGUGAGCUCGUCGCACCCGCUGCCGCUGAAGCGGGUGAUCGUGCGGCGCGUGGUGGAGUCGGCGGAGACGCCGCUGAGCCAGGCGCAGUGCCGCGCCAUGUUCGCGCUCGGCACCCGGCUAGUGCUGCAGGGCCCCGACCCCUUCCAGCGCCAGGUGGGCAGGCAGGUGCUGGACGCCUACGGCCGCUUCCACCGCGCCGAGUUCGAGGCGUUCUUCAACCGCGGGCUCGUCCUGGGCCUCCUGCAGCGCGGCUACGGCGAGCUGAGCAACCGCGACCCCGCCAUCCUCGACUACAUCCAGGCGGGGCUGCGCCUCAUCAUGAGCUGCCCCUCGGUGCUGGAGCUCUUCGAGCUGCUGCAGGUGGAGGCGCUGCGCCUGGUGUGCGAGCGCCCGGCGCCGCCGCUCUGCGCCCGCCUCUGCCAGCUCCUGGGGGACUUCCCGCAGUGCCUGCCCCGCGGCAGGAAGCUCUCGCUCGCCUUCUGCCAGCAGCUGGUGCGCAGCAUCGCGCACUUCCAGAGCCAGGGCACCCGGGAGGCCGAGCUGCGCCUCUACGUGUCGCAGGUGACGCAGGUUAGCGCGCUGCUGCGGAGCGUCUGGAAGGCAGAGCCCGACACGCUGCUGCCCUCCCUGCAGGAGCUCUUCGCCGUCAUCUCCGCCGCCGAUACUUCCUUCGAACCUUCUGUUGCACUGGCAAGUCUUGUGCAGCACAUACCACUACAGAUGAUUACAGUACUCAUCAGGAGCCUUACCACAGAUCCAAAUGUGAAAGAUGCAAGUAUGACUCAAGCUCUGUGCAGAAUGAUUGACUGGUUAUCCUGGCCUCUGGCUCAGCAUGUGGAAACAUGGGUGAUUGCACUGCUGAAAGGAUUGGCUGCAGUCCAGAAAUUUACCAUCCUCAUUGAUGUCACUCUGCUUAAGAUCGAAUUGGUCUUUAAUCGACUUUGGUUUCCUCUAGUGAGGCCUGGUGCCCUUGCUGUCCUUUCGCACAUGUUACUUAGUUUUCAGCAUUCUCCAGAAGCUUUUCAUUUGAUUGUCCCACACGUGGUCAGUUUGGUUCACUCCUUCAAAAGGGAUGGCUUGCCUUCCAGUAGAGCCUUUCUGUUGCAGUUGUCUGAGUUGAUACACUGUAUGAUGUAUCAUUAUUCAGGAUUUCCAGAGCUCUAUGAACCCAUUCUGGAAGCUAUUAAGGAUAUGCCCAAACCCACUGAAGAGAAGAUUAAGAUGAUUCUCAGUCAGAGUGCUUGGACUUCUCAAUCCAGUUCUUUGCCAUCUUGUUUAUCUAGACUUUCUGGAAAAUCUGAAACUGGGAAGACAGGUCUAAUAAAUUUAGGAAAUACUUGCUACAUGAACAGUGUUAUUCAGGCACUUUUUAUGGCUACAGAUUUCAGAAGACAUGUUUUAUCUCUGAAUCUAAAUGGCUGUAAUUCACUAAUGAGAAAAUUACAGCAUCUUUUUGCAUUUUUGGCCCAUACACAGAGGGAGGCAUAUGCUCCUAGGAUUUUCUUUGAAGCUUCCAGGCCACCAUGGUUCACCCCUCGAUCCCAGCAGGAUUGCUCUGAAUACCUCAGAUUCCUGCUAGACAGACUGCAUGAAGAAGAGAAAACUUUGAAAGCAUUGUCUUCAGCAAAGCGUUCUGAAAGUAUAAUGAAUGAAGAGUCCCAGGCACAAGAAGCUGUCCAAAAAACACAAGUAUUUGCUGAAGCACCUUGUAUGGGAAGUGAAGAAAGAACUCUGAUAGAGAAGAUGUUUGGAGGAAAAUUGAAGACUACCAUAUGCUGUUUGAACUGCAAGAGUAUGUCUCAAAAGGAAGAGGCUUUCACAGAUCUCUCUCUGGCUUUCUGUCCUCCAACUUCCUUGGAGAAUGGCCCAAAAUGUAUGGAACAUUCUGAAGUGAAAGAUGACUACAUGGUGCAAACUAAUACUUUGGCAACCAGUCCUGCUGCAGAAACACCUCUCAAUAAUUUGGAUGUAAAUAGUGGAUGUGACACGAUAAUGAAUGAAGGAACCAUAGAAGAUUUUUCUACUGAGCCGAACUCUGAGAACACCACAAUUUCUGAACUCAAGCAAGUUCAGACUAAUAGGGAUAUGUCUCAGACUCUAGUAGGUAAAAGCACCCUGUCGGUUACAGACUUACUCAAUUAUUUUCUGGCACCUGAGAUCCUUAGUGGAGACAAUAAGUAUUAUUGUGAAAAGUGUGCCUCUCUACAGAAUGCUGAGAAAACUAUGCAAAUCAUUGAGGAACCUGAAUACCUCAUUCUCACUCUUUUGAGAUUUUCAUAUGAUCCAAAGUGUCAUAUAAGGCGUAAAAUCUUGGACAAUGUGUCUCUACCACUUGUUUUGGAACUGCCAGUCAAAAGCCUAACAUCCCCUCUAGCAGUAGUUCCAGGAGGUUGGUCUGUUGGUGUGGAGAUUUCUGAUACUGGAGAAAAUCUUGCUAAAAAACUGAAGCCCUCAGGUGCUGAUGAAGUGACCUGCACACAACUGGUGCCCUACGUGCUAAGUUCUGUGGUAGUGCACUCUGGUGUAUCCUCUGAAAGCGGACAUUACUAUUCCUAUGCUAGAAAUGUUUCUGGGUCAGGGCCUUCAGGGCUCUGCCACCAGUCUACAGCUCUUUCUUUAGUUUCUCCUCAGGAUAAGUUGUUGACAGAGGAGAGUCCUUGUACUGUCGUAGAAAAUGAGCUGGACACUGAGAUGUCAAGAGAAUGGUUUCUGUUCAAUGACAGCAGAGUGACAUUUACCUCAUUUCAGUCAGUCCAGAAAAUCACCAGUAGAUUUCCGAAGGACACUGCUUAUGUUCUGUUCUACAAAAAGCAAAAUAGCACCUGUGGCUUCAGCAGCAAUCCGGCAAAUGGACUCUGGGUAAAUGGAGACCCUCCUCUACAAAAGGACCUCAUGGAUGCAAUUACAAAAGAUAACAAACUGUACUUGCAGGAGCAAGAGCUUAGUGCUCGAACACAAGCACUUCAAGCUGCCUCAGCCUCGUGCUCUUUCCGACCCAAUGGAUUCGAUGACAACGACCCCCCUGGAAGUUGUGGGCCCACAGGUGGAGGAGGGGGUGGGUUCAGUACCAUUGGUAGAUUAGUCUUUUGACUACGAAGACAACCUGGAAUACACUGGUUCUGAAGCAGCCCAGUACUGCUGAGGGCAAAUAAAAUAUUGAACUUUGUCAGAUAUUGUACCAAUUUUUGAGACUUGAUCUUCGUUGAAAAGCAGAUGUUGGUGGGUUUUUUUUGGUUAUGUUUUAUUUGAAACAAAUAAGCGCAUAAUGGAGAAAAACUACCUCUUAAAAAUUCAGUUGCUUUCAUAGUAAGAUAUGCUUGCCCAAAAGAGAGAAAAUUAAGAUUUUUAAAGUAGUUGCUAAUGACAUUGCAUUAAACUGAACAAAUGCACUUACAUCAGUUUCUCUUGUCCUCAUCCACUGAAUGAAGAAAGUUCAUUUUUUACUCUGAUGGUAUUGCUUUAUGUGGAAACUCAUUUUCACAUGGGCUAAACUGCGUCAUGUAGUCUCUCCCCCCCAGCUUUAUGGAUUUUCAGAGAUGAUGCAAUUUAUAAUGAAGGCAAUAACUUUAAUGUGACAUGAUACAGUACUUUCCAGGUUAAAAAUUAUUCAGUCUAUUUCCAGUGUAAAUGAAAAGAAGAUAAAAUAAUUUAUACAUAUUUGCUAAGUUGUUAUCCAAAAAAGUGCAUGUUGUGUAGGAACAAUGUUUUUUAAAUAGAAACUGUUGACUUUGUAGCAUUUUUAAUUGUUUUGAAGAUUUUAAAAUUAUUUCAGGGAAUAUAUCUGCUGUGUUGGAAAGGAAGAGAUUCUGUAUGUGCCUUGCAGUACUGUAACUUAAAACAAACUUUCUGAGGCUGCAGAAAAUGAGAAAAGUGUGUUACUAGUCAAUUAUUUUUUGUCAGUAUUAGAAAUCAAGACAUAUAUAGAAAGCUUUUAAGUUUUCAGAAGUAAAAAUCUGCUAGUUGGAAAUGCAUUAAGUGUUGCCCUUUAUUUUUUGAUUUUAAAAAAAAUUAUAUACCUAGUGAUCUCUAACUUUCAUGGCCUGCACUGCUAAGAAAAAACUGGUCAUAAAUACAAAGCAGUGUUUGUGAAGUCGCAGAAAGGCUGCCUGUAUUGAUCUUUGCUGAGGAGCUGUGCUUCUAAGAGUCCUUUGAAGUCUUGCCUUCAGGUUUUGCUUGUAGUGAGAAGUUUCUGGUGAGUUCAGGAUUUUUUUUUUUUUUUCUAUCUGCAGAAGCCCCAAAAUGAUUCUGCCUAUGGAGCAGUGUUUGCUUGCUCAUUAGACCAGCAGAGAUGGAGGAUCCACCCUUUUAAGUCUUGGCAGAAAUAACAACUUUGUUUUUUAUGUGCAAUGAGGAUAACAGAAGCAAAGGAGUUAUACUGUCAAACCUGGUGAUUAAUUCUUAACUUGAAUAAUCUUAGAGUGAAGUGUAAAUUUCUUUAAAGUAUUUUUACAAACUUCUGCACUGUUUUGCUGUGGUUUUUAUAUUCUACUAGGUGAGAAGGUAUGUCCUUAAAAAGCAUGCAGACCUGGCAGGUUUUAGCUUAACUAUACAAAAAUAAAUUUCUUAGAAAAUGCUUUAAAAAGCAUAAAAUAAGUUGGGAAACUGAAAUCUUGUUUGUAUGAUUCUAAAAAUAUGGAGUUUAGUCUGAAAGGUAACUUAGCUUGCAAGCUAUUUUUAUAUUAUCACUAAAACGAUGCUAUUUACUCUACUGUAGGUUCAUAUGUUACUGCUCAACAAAGCCAGAGCAGCUCGCUUUGAUUUUUUUAAUACUUUCCAAGCUUUGUUGUGACAGUUUGUGAUACCUUGGCUUUGACCUACGCUUUUUGUUGCUAUCUCAGUUGUAGGUCUCUGAACCAGGGGUUCAUCUGUGGAAAUGUAGAAUGUUUUGAGUCCAGCAUGAGGAACGUUUUCAUUUCGUUGUACUUGGACGAGGUUUUCUUGAAAGCUUACUUUGCCUUGAAAUUCUUUCAGUCUGAGAGGCUUUUUUAUUGCCUUUUAGGCUCCUCUGCCAGUUAACUCUGGUUUUAAAAUGUUUUAUAUGACAGGUUAAUUUGACUUUCCUCUCCCAGAUUGUGAGGACACACUAAAAAGCUGUCUAUUGUUUGCAUUACAAUGGGAGUAUUUUGUCUCUCUUUCAAUUUACUGUUCAUUUUAAAACACUAUGAAGUAGAAGCAGGGGCAAGUGGUUUUACUCUAUAUGAAAUCAUGAUUUUGUAAAGGUCAGUUUUGUUUUUAUGUUCUCACAGUAAAAAUAUAAAUUAUGUAGCCUACCUAAAAAUAACAUGCAGAAUGAGUUUGUAUACCUGUUGUACUAUAUUUAUUUCAUGAGCUCUUAGAAGGCUUUCUACACCCUUGUUUGCCUGUCCUAAAUUAGGUGUUAAAUAUGGAAAAUUUAUAUGAGAGUAAUGUCAAUCAGGUUGGAUCUGUUUAGGUACAAAAUGAUGGGUGUCUCAAACUGAAAACAACUUCUUUCUUUCCCCUUGUUGACUUUUGUUGAUGGAGUUACUUGGGGUUUUACAAGUAGAUUCUAAAACUCAGAAUACCUACUUGCAAGUCUGUUUGCUGACCUGACAGCCGUCGUACUGGCUGAUUAGUCAGACCUAACUUGGAAGGUUUCAAUAAACUUGGUGGAAGUGGAGAAGUAUUUCAUGCUCUGGAAUGUACACCUUUUUUCGUUGUUGACAGUAAUGGUGUUGCAUGCCUCUAUCUUCUGGACAUAAUAUGAGAGAACUAUGUACAUAUGGUACUUUGAUUUCUGUUGCCUGUGAAUGAAUGCUGGAUGGUUUGUUUAUUGACCUUUUUGGCUCCAUUCCUAAUUUGUUUUCUAAAUUGAAUCCGUAGAAAGAUAUGAAAUACAUAAGACUGUUUCUGAA